GUGACACUCGGGACGCGGACCGCGGAGCGCGUUUCGGUGGUCAGUGGUCCCCGACGUCUGCCUUGUCAUUCGGGCGGCCGUCAACCGUCACCCCAUUAGUGAAUUGGUAAAAUGUCGGAAAAAUUGAAGGGCAUUUUACCGGAUAAGGCUGAAAGUAAUUCGACAGUAGACGGCAAUGUGGAAAACCAUGCUCCAAUCAAGAGUUCUAAAAAAAGGAACCGGCACAAGAAAAAGUCCGACGAGAAGAGGGAGGACAGCGACACCGCCACUAGGGAAGUGGUGCCGCAAAUGCAAAACGUGGACGACAACGCGAUGACAAUGAACAAUAGUGCGACGAGCCCGCUGAACACAAUUUCCAUAAGGGACCUAAAGGCUGCGAUGGAGGUGUUUACUAUGUCCCAAAAACCAGCCAAGACGCCCGAGGAAGCGCUGAAGAAGAACUACCAGUUCUGGAAUACCCAACCUGUACCGAAAAUGGAUGAAAAGAUAACUGCCAAUGAAGCGAUAGAGCCUGACAAGGAGAUGGGCGAGAUUAGGGCGGAGUCCUAUUCGUUGCCGGACGGUUUCAUGUGGGACACUCUCAAUUUGGAUGAGCCCCUCGUUUUGAAAGAGCUGUACACACUCUUGAAUGAGAAUUAUGUCGAAGAUGACGACUCAAUGUUCCGAUUCGAUUAUCAGCCUGAGUUUUUAAAAUGGGCGCUGCAGCCGCCGGGGUGGAAAAAGGACUGGCAUUGCGGCGUGAGGGUGGUCAAGAGCGGCAGACUGGUCGGAUUUAUAUCGGCCAUACCAGCCACCCUCAACAUCUACACCAAGAGCCAGCGGAUGGUCGAAAUCAACUUCCUCUGCGUGCACAAGAAGCUCAGGUCAAAACGGGUGGCGCCCGUUCUCAUCCGAGAGAUCACGCGUCGAGUCCACCUGCAGGGCAUCUUUCAAGCGGUCUACACGGCUGGCAUAGUGUUGCCGAAACCAGUGUCAACCUGUACUUAUUGGCACAGGUCUUUAAACCCGAAAAAACUGAUCGAGGUUAAGUUUUCACACUUGUCGCGCAACAUGACGAUGCAGCGCACACUGAAGUUGUAUAAGCUGCCGGAUCAGCCGAAGACACCGGGUUUCCGAAAGAUGAAGGCAGAGGACGUGGACGAGACCCACAAACUGAUGCAAGAGUACCUCAAGAAGUUCGACCUGGCGCCCGAAUUUACCAAAGAAGACUUCGUGCAUUGGUUCCUGCCCCGGCCCAACAUCAUAGACAGUUUUGUGGUGGAGAACGGGGGUCGCAUCACCGACUUCGUGAGCUACUACACUUUGCCGAGCAGCGUUAUGCAUCACCCGGUGCAUAAGAGCUUGAAGGCGGCUUACAGUUUUUACAACGUCGGCGGUACGACUACGCCGUGGAUCGACCUGAUGCAGGACGCCCUAAUAUCGGCGAAGCAGCUCGGUUUCGACGUGUUUAACGCGCUGGAUCUGAUGAACAACGGAGAGUUCCUCGAAACGCUCAAGUUCGGCAUCGGUGACGGCAAACUGCAGUACUACUUGUACAAUUGGAAAUGUCCGCCGAUGGGGCCAUCACAAAUCGGGCUCGUCUUGCAGUAGUAGUUCGUUAUGUACUAUGCACCGCAGAGUAAUUUGUCGUUUUCCGGGUAAAAUGGGCGUGGCAGGGUGGGGGGAGGCCCCCCCGAUUACCCCCCGCCGGUGUAACGUUUUAAGUGAAAGUAAGCGAAAUAAAGUGCACUUUGUAUUAAUGGCUCGUACGUGUUUAGUUUGUGUUUGUACCAUAGACGGGCGAUCGAUGCCUAUAAACCGUCAUGUUUUAUUUUGUUGAAUUAAAAGACAGUUAACGAGAUUAAA